UAACUUCAUAGUGCUAAACAAACUUUCUCGCUUGUCAUUCUUUUCUGAGACGAUUUCAAGUUAAAAAGCAGAAACUUAAGAAUAAAUUUACGAUGGAAACUGUUCUAGGAAUAAAGGGACGCGAUUUUGUUAUGGUGGCUGCUGACACCACUUAUGCUCGUUCAAUUGUUGUUAUGAAAGAAGAUGAGAACAAAAUUUUUAAUGUGUCUGACAACAUUUUGAUGGCUGCUAUUGGUGACGCAGGUGACUGUGUGCAGUUCAUCGAAUUUAUUGAGAAAAAUGUUGCCUUAUACAAAAUGUCAAAUGGUUAUGAGUUGACUCCAAAAUCUGCGGCUCACUACACUCGUAGGAAUUUGGCAGAUUAUCUGCGUAGUCAUACUCCUUUUCAUGUGAAUAUGUUGGUAGCAGGAUUUGACCCAAAAGAAGGACCCGAACUCCAGUUCAUUGAUUACUUGGCCAGCGCUAAUUCGGUUAACUUUGCUGGGCACGGCUACGGCAGCAUGUUUUGCUCUAGUAUAUUUGAUAGAUAUUACCACGCAGAUAUAACUAGGGAAGAAGCUUACGACGUAAUGAAGAAGUGUGUUAUAGAAAUACAAAAACGCCUACUUGUAAGCUUAAACAACUUUAAAGUGGCAAUGGUUGAUAAAGACGGAAUACAAAAUUUGGAGCUAAUUAAUUCAAAAUCUUUGAAAGAGCAUUCAGAAGCGGCCUAAGUUUUAUAUUGUAUUUUAAUAUGAAAUAAAUAAAAAUUCAGUUUUGUAAAUUA